AUGCCACCUAAGAAGAUCCUUUUCCUCCAUGGAUACGCCCAAUCAGCACAGAUCUUCUCUGCAAAGACAGGUGGGCUGCGUAAGGCUCUGCAGAAGUCUGGGUAUGAAACUGUGUAUGUAAAUGCGCCGUUGUUACUACAAGGAGAUAUGCCUCACUCCUCAUCAACAGAUUCCGAGCUUUAUGGAUGGUGGCCAUACGGCGCACCAGACUAUGAAUUAGAGACGGCAGAACAAACCAUCAAGAAGGAAUUGGACAAGCACGAUAUUGAGGACGUGGAAGGGAUUGUUGGAUUCUCACAAGGUGCUGGGCUUUCUGGCUAUCUCACUGCAAGGUAUAAGGAGUUUUUGCCACACUUACAGUGGGCCAUCUACUUCUCUGGGUUCAAACUGAUGCCAGAGAGGUUCCAGGAGCAUUACGAACCAAAGAUCUCAUUACCAACUCUCCACGUGCUUGGUGAGCUGGAUACAGUGGUUGAAGAAUCGAGAUCCAUAAAGCUUUACGAUUCCUGCCAUGAAGAUCAUCGACACUUGUUGAAGCACCAAGGUGGGCAUUUCGUACCGAAUAGCAAGAGCUUUGUCAACCAGGUGGUGAAUUGGAUCGCAGCAGUGAAGGAGGAUUCAGCGAAGGACGACGAGAGUGGUUUAACGGGAGAGAAAGAUGACAAAUUGGAGGACAUGUUUGAUGCCAUUGACAACCUUGGAAAGGCAUAA